AUGGAGAAAUCUAAGCAUUUAUCAACAGUAGAGGCAGAUUUGUUAUUUACCAAAAUAAUAUCCAAGAAAAAUAAGAAGAAAGGAAUAACCAAAGCUACUGCUGUAGCUGGAAGGAUGGAAUUGGGAGAAUUUAUUAUUGCUCUUCAACAAAUCUCAUGUCAACUUUACCCAUCUUUGGAUAAAGAUCAGGCUUUACUAAAGCUUGUUCAAGAUAAAAUACAGCCACUAGAGCAAAAAUUGAAUCUAACAAAAACAUCUGACGAAGGGGAUAUUGAGAAGUUAUAAUGGAGGUUUUAAAAGAUAAAGAAGUGCUAGAGCUGUUAGGAAUAGUCCACAAAACUCUUUACCCUUACUAUGAUCAUUAUUCAGAUGACAACGGCUUGAUGAAAUUCAAGAAUUUUUUGAACUUCUCUAAGGACUUUGGAAUUUUCCCUGAUUAUCUAUCCAAGUCGAAACUCUACAGAUUUUUCAAUACUUUGGCAGGGUUCUAUAAGGAGAACUCGAAGAAGAAGGUCCAUUCACCUGCAGCAACAAUGGAAAAUGAGGAAAAUUAUUGAAUUGAUGAACACUUAUUCGUGGAGUUAUUGGCAUUAUGCUCUUUGGAGGUUUAUUAUAUCGAUCCUCAGCCAUCUCCAAUUGAGAAAAUUAUUUAUCUCGUUGAAAAGAUGACACAGAGCAGCGGACCAGCAAUUUUCAGAACACAAAAAGGUAGAAAUGGAGCGGGAAGUGGCGAAUGAAAUGAUUUCUUACUUCACCUCAAGCUUAACUACCCUUCAAAAUAUGAUUCUUACUUUUCAGAUCUAACAAAGAAGAGAGGUAGUGAAAGUAGAUCAAAAACUGAAAUAGUCAGAGCGAAAACAUCUAAAAAGGGUGAAGAAGAUGAUCCUCUUGCAGCAUUGUUUAAGUAGCUGACAAAAGGAUCUUAUGAAAUAAAAAUUAACUGAUCUUUUUCAUUUA